AUGCCUCUUCCACUUGGUUGGGUGAAUGGUCAGGUUUUCAUAGGGACAGGAAAAACUGAGGAGCUAGCCAAAGACGCAGCAGCGGAGGCAGCUUUAGCCACAUUUUCACCAUCGCUGCAGCCAAAAACUCGUCCUGCAAGUCAUCCACCAGUUUCCUGUCAGCAGAUGGCUCUACCAAAAGAAGUUGCUGACCGCAUAUCCGGGUUGGUGAUUAACAAGGUUAGAGAUUUGACUGAAACACAGCCCAAGCUUCAAGGAAGGAAAGUUUUUGCGGGCAUUGUAAUGACUUCAGGUACUCAGAUGGAAGAUGCAAAAGUGAUUGCUGUGGCCACAGGUACCAAAUGCAUCUGUGGAGAAUAUAUGAGUUUGUAUGGAGCUUCGCUGAAUGACAGCCAUGCUGAGGUCAUUACCCGCCGUUGCCUUCGCGAUUUCUUCUACGGUCAGCUGGAGAAGCACAUAAACUCAGAAACAGCAAAACAAUCCAUUUUUGAACCUCGACCUACUGGUUACGGCUAUCAGUUGAAGGAAAAUACAAAAUUGCACUUAUAUAUAAGUAUUGCACCUUGUGGAGAUGCUAGGAUCUUUUCUCCUCAUGAGGCUGUAUCUCAAGAUAAGGAUCCAAACAGAAGAGCACAAGGACGGUUAAGGAUGAAAGUUGAGCCUGGUGAGGGAACUAUCCCAGUGAAGUCAAGUGCCCGUAUUCAAACUUGGGAUGGAAUUACACGGGACGAGAGAUUGCUGACAAUGUCAUGUUCAGACAAGAUUGCCAGGUGGAAUGUUGUCGGAUUGCAGGAAGCAUUACUGUCACAUUUUGUUGAACCUGUUUACCUGGAGAGUAUUACACUUGGAUGAUUAUUUCAUCGCGAAUAUUUGUACAG